UUUGGAGUCUCGGAAGGAAAUUGUGAUCAGGCAGUUCUAUGGUUCUUUUUUUGUUCCUCACUGGCAGUGUCACAUUGAAUAUACGUUUUUCUUGUUGGUAAAAUAAUCAAUUGCAAUUGUUUACAUGGCGACGACUUCAACCUGAUAUUUCAAUGUGAAUCUCGAAGAAUUGUGGAAUUACUCAAGCGAGACCCCAUGGUGGGGCAAUUAGUGAAUUUUUCUGGCUCUCAAGCAUAAUUGGACGGAGGUGGAAUGUGGAAAAUUCCUUGGAUUUUCUCACCAAUGCACUUCUUAUGCAAUUAUUGAGUGAUUUUCCCGCCUUCUCAUACUGACUUUUGCCUACAUUUUGGGAUUUAUCUUCAUGAAAUCUUCCGCACCAACAUUCCUAUUUCAUCACCAAAGAAAUUUCCACCUUCAAUGAAAGUCGUUUUUCCACCCAAAUGAUCCAAUUUUGUGAUGUUGUCUCCACAUCAUCAUUCAUUUCCUGUCCAUGAGAUUGUGUAUAAAAGAUAACAACAAUCGUGCUGGAGAAAUUAGAGUUUUUUAAACCUUCGUCGAGAUGAAAAGCCUCAUUACAUGGUGCUUUGUCUUGGCAUUCCUCUGGGCUCCAAUUCUGGCAGAGGAUGAAGAAAAUUUGGAUACUGUGGACCGAGAUCAGAAAAAACGGCAAACCAUCUUGAGCACAGCAGCAACUCUUCCAGCAUCAUUCUACCAUGCUCCAUCUGUUGCCACUUCGGCGGCUCUUGUGGCAGCACCAACAGCCACAGUAGCACCAAUUGUUCAUGCAACUCCUGCCCCAAUCCUUCAUGCACCAGCGACAUCCAUUGUGGCUGCCCCAGCUCCCAUUCCUUUCACCCGAACUGUUGUCCCAAUUGCUCGACCUGUGGCCUUUCCCCUUCCAGCACCAGCUGCCAUUCCUUACUCUUUUAAUUUUCCUUUCCACAAACCUGCCAUCCCCUUCCACGUUGCCCCAUACCCUGCUCUCACCCACGCAUUUGCACCUGCUCCAGUCUUUCUCCCUCACACACAAUAUCCUCUAGCCACUGCCACUUCCACCACAGCCCUGAAAGUCCUGCCAGCACCCAAUCUUGUGCCCUCCUUUGCACCAGUUUAUAGGUAUGGGGUAGAACCAUACGGAUUCGGAUACCAUUCAGCCUUGAAAUACUUCUAGUCCUUAUGCUGACCUCAAAAGCCACCACAGCACAGUUUACGCAGACGGUUUCUCCCAAAGCAAAUUUAUCAAUAAUAAUGUUCUCUCAGCAAUAAAGCAAAUUCAAGCAAAACGUUGGGAAUCUUUUAAAAUUUAAUUCACUGAAAACGUUUUUCGAACACCAAUUCUGAAACUAGCAAAAUUAUUUUGUAUUUUGCUAAGAUGCACAAUAUUAACAAAAUAAAGGGAAUUUAUAUAAUAAA